CAUCAGUAUUCACCAUCACGUCAACUCCUUCUCUUAGAACAGUUUCCAGAUGAGUUAGAUUCAGUUAUUUAUCUUCUGGAAAGUAUGUCUGAGGAAUAAUGAGGCAAAACAUGGAAAAUUUUAUCUUGAUUAGAGAUGAGAGGGACUAGUUGGAAAAAAUAUCUAUUCGUCUUCAUCCUCUUAAUAUAUCGACCACGAGAUUUGUCGGAAACUUCUUUAACCUAUCAAUAUACGUAUCGACGACCAUAGAGAAUUUAUAAGUCAACCUGUUUUAAAGUUUACCGUGACAGGUGAACUAAAAUUGAUAUCCCUUCUACUGUGGUAUUAACCAGUUUUAGAUUAUUUUUUUUUUCUCGUAUCUUGCUCUGAGAAGAAAGUAGCUGGUGAAGUUACAUAAUGAGUUCAUCCUCUCAAGGCAAUAAAAAAAUUAUAGGGUUACAAGCUUCAUGGCGUUUAUGUUGUGGUAUUGUUCUGAUUCUGCUGUUCGCUGCUCAAAUCGAUGCUCAGAGAUCUACAUCACGUUUUAUUUAUUUACCAGGUGAUGCUCCACGUGUGAUUGCUCGUGGUGGGUUUUCUGGAUUGUUACCAGAUUCGAGUCUUGAUGCUUAUAAUCUUGCAAUCCAGACAAGUGUAGCCGAUGUUGUUCUAUGGUGUGAUGUUCAGCUAACCAAAGAUGGAGUUGGGAUUUGCUUCCCCGAUUUAAAUAUGGCCAAUGCUUCAACUGUUCAAAAUGUUUACCCAAAUGGUCAAAAAUCUUACCCGGUUAAUGGAGUCAGUACUCAGGGUUGGUUCACCAUUGCUUUCUCCUUGAGAGAUCUCCAGAAUGUUUCCUUGAUUCGAGGAAUAUUAUCGCGAACAGAUAAAUUCGAUGGAAAUGGAUAUACGAUUCCCACAAUUCAAAAUGUAACCGAGCAAAUUAAGCCACAAGGAGGUUUGUGGUUGCAUGUUCAGCACGAUGCAUUCUACGAGCAACACAAUUUAAGCAUGAGCAGUUUUCUAGUAUCAGUUUCAAGAACUGUUUCCAUUGACUUCAUCUCUUCUCCUGAAGUGAAUUUCUUUAAGAAAAUUACUGGCCAUUUCAAGCGGAAUGGACCGAGUUUUGUGUUUCAGUUUCUUGGGAAAGAAGAUUUCGAGCCGACAACAAACCGAACCUACGGUUCUAUAUUGAGUAACUUAGCUUUUGUCAAGACGUUUGCUUCAAAGAUUCUUGUUCCCAAGUCUUACAUAUUUCCACUCGAUGACAAUCAGUACUUGCUUCCUCCUACAUCAUUAGUUCAAGAUGCUCACAAAGCAGGAUUAGAAGUAUAUGUGUCAGGUUUCGCAAAUGAUAAUGAUCUCGCUUAUAACUAUAGUUACGAUCCAGUGUCUGAGUAUCUAUCUUUUGUGGACAAUGGUGAUUUCUCAGUGGAUGGUGUGAUCUCUGAUUUUCCCAUGACUGCAUCUGCAUCAAUUGACUGCUUCUCCCACAUUGACAGAAACGCUACAAAACAAGUGGAUUUUCUAAUUAUAUCAAAAAAUGGUGCGAGUGGGGACUUUCCUGGAUGUACAAACUUGGCAUAUGAGAAGGCUAUCAAAGAUGGUGCUGAUGUUAUUGAUUGCUCGGUCCAAAUGUCCAGCGACGGUACACCCUUUUGCUUAAGUUCAAUAAAUCUCAAGGACAGCACAAUGGUCACCCUAUCUCCCUUUAUGAACCGUGCCACAAUUAUUCCUGAGUUUAGUUCAGUUGAUGGAAUAUACACUUUUAGUCUCACAUGGCCAGAGAUCAAGAAUUUGACUCCUGCUACUUCAAGCCCCUACAAGAACGACAAUAUGUUUAGACAUCCUAAAGAGAGAAAUUCGGGAAACCUUAUUUCCCUUUUUGAAGUCCUAAACUUGGCAAAAAACUCCACUUCUCUCUCUGGUGUCUUGAUCAAUGUAGAGAAUACAGCAUACUUGAGAGUCGAGCAAGGACUCGAUGUGGUUAAAGCGGUUCUCGAUACACUCAUAGAAGCUGGUUACAACAAUGGAACAACAACAUCAAAGGCUAUUAUUCAGUCUACGGACAGCUCGGUUCUACUUGACUUCAAGAAGCAGAGCAAGUACAAGACUGUUUACAAAAUUCAAGAAUGCAUCCGCGAUAUAAGCGAUUAUGGUAUCGAAAAAAUAAAAGAAUUCGCUAACGCUGUUGUCAUAAACAAAGCAUCAGUCUUUCCUGACUCUGAUUCGUUUCUCACUGGGCAAACCAAUGUUGUGGAGAGGUUGCAGAAGUCUAAGCUCCCGGUUUAUGUGGGACUAUUUCAGAAUGAAUUUGUCUCUCAACCAUAUGACUUCUUCGCUGAUGCAACUGUUGAGAUAAACACAUACAUCUCUUUAGUCGGUAUCAAUGGAAUCAUCACCGAGUUCCCUUUCACUGCUGCAAGAUACAAAACGAAUCGAUGUUUGGGAAGAAAAGAAACGCCACCUUACAUGGAACCUGUUAAACCCAGAGCCCUCUUAGCCUUUAUGAGUCCUCAGUCCUUACCUCCAGCCGAAGCUCCAAACCUAAUUAUCACAGAUGCUGAUGUCAUUGAGCCACCACUGCCUCCAAUUACAGAAAAAGCCCCAACCUUACUUCCAGGAGCCUCAACCGUAGCGCCAGGAGCCCCAUCAACCAAUGCACAAGCACCUAGCGGACAAAUCCGACUCACUAUAUCUCUUGUCCUCUUUGUCUUUUUCCCUUUCUCUUCUACUUAUUUGAUCUUAUCUCCUCUCUGUUCAUAAUUCUUCAGCCGUCGUAAAUAUAUUCCUGUGUGACUCAGUAAAAUCUUAACAGUCACAACCAUAAUGAGAAUUCUCUAUGCA